UAGAUACAAUUUGUUAGUGCCAUAUCAUCCAGAAGCCCCAAGACACCAAUGUACUCAAAUUAGAUAUAUUUAUACACGCUUAUCAAGCCUACUUCCAAGUUGAAUAACUGGUGAAAUCAAGUCAAUACAAUAAUGUCCAUCCAUUCCCAUGUCUCCACACUAUUUCUCCUUCCUCUAGUCUUACUACAGUCUGGAUCCAUUGCCAUCACAGGCCAUGCAUUUUCAAUCGAAGAAGCAACUGUCCAUGACUUCCAUAUGGCUUUCGAACAAAACAAACUCACCUCAAGGCAGCUGGUUGAGUUCUACCUGGGCAAGAUUCACAAACUCAACCCAAUUCUUCGUGGGGUAAUAGAGGUGAACCCAGAUGCACUCCUCCAAGCUGAUAAGGCCGACAGGGAGAGGAAGGCUAAGUUACCUGGGUCGCUGCUGGGGCUGCACGGCAUUCCUAUUCUGCUUAAGGAUAAUAUUGCAACCAAGGACAAGAUGAACACAACAGCAGGAUCAUUUGCAUUGCUUAAAUCAGUGGUGCCAAGGGAUGCAGGCGUGGUGAGGAAGUUGAGGAAGGCUGGAGCUAUCAUACUGGGAAAGGCUAGCCUCAGCGAGUGGGCUUAUUUUCGUGCUACUGUUAUUCCUUCGGGCUGGUGUGCUAGAACUGGCCAAGGUAAGAACCCUUAUGUUCUAUCAGCAACUCCCUGUGGCUCAAGUAGUGGAUCAGCUAUAUCAGUAGCAGCAAAUUUAGCGGCAGUGUCUCUAGGGACGGAGACUGAUGGAUCCAUCUUAUGUCCAUCCCACGUUAAUUCAGUAGUGGGCAUCAAACCAACACUUGGUCUCACCAGCCGAGCUGGCGUGGUUCCAAUCUCUCCUAGGCAGGACACUGUUGGGCCCAUCUGCAGGACAGUCUCCGAUGCUGUAGAGGUACUGGAUGUCAUUGUUGGUUUUGACUACAGGGAUGAAGCAACCAGGACAUCAUCCAAGUACAUACCACAAGGUGGCUAUAAGCAAUUUCUCAAUGCAAAUGGACUCAAGGGGAAGAGAUUGGGGAUAGUGAGGAAUCCCUUCUAUAUGUUUGAGAAUGGCUCUGUCCUGCCUCAAGUUUUUGAGCAUCAUUUCCACACACUAAGGCAAGGAGGUGCUAUUUUGGUAGACCACCUGGAAAUAGCCAACAUUGAUGUUAUCUAUGGCUCCUCCGGAGAAGGUGCAGCAUUAGAGGCUGAGUUCAAAAUAUCCUUGAAUGCUUACCUGAAAGAGCUGGUAGCAUCCCCAGUAAGAACUUUGGCUGAUGUGAUAGCCUUCAACAACAAAUUCUCACAUUUGGAAAAGAUCAAGGAGUAUGGACAAGAUACCUUUCUGCAGGCCGAAGCCACAAAUGGGAUAAACAAGAAAACUUUGUUAAAAUUAGCAAGAUUGUCACGAAAUGGAUUUGAGAAGUUGAUGAAGGAGCAUAAGCUGGAUGCAUUGGUGACUCCUGGUUCAAAUGUGAGUCCUGUUCUUGCUAUUGGAGGAUUCCCUGGAAUUUCUGUUCCAGCUGGAUAUGAUAGCAAAGGAGUACCAUUUGGCAUUUGUUUUGGGGGCCUAAAGGGCUCUGAGCCAAAGCUAAUCGAGAUUGCAUAUAGCUUCGAGCAAGCAACUAAGAUUAGGAAGCCACCUUCAUUUAAACCUUGAAGGUUUAGAACAACUCCUAUCAGAGUUGUACUACAUGUAUCAGUAUCAAGAACUCUUCUCUCUAGUUGGUAAUCCUGCACUAGAAAGGAUAUUAUAAUAAAGUGCUCAAUGUUUUGAAUGAA